GAUGGUGGUUUAUGCUCUUGAUCCGCACAACAGGUAAGAAAAAGAGAAAAGAUGGCAAAGCUUCGAGAGGAGAUAGCUGUGCAAAAAGCAAAGGAAACUGAAUUGAACAAAACAAUCCACAUAACAGAGGAGACAAUGCGAGCAAAACAAAUGCUAGCAACUAUGUCUCAUGAGAUAAGAUCACCUCUAUCUGGGGUUGUUAGCAUGGCUGAGAUCCUGGCCACCACAAAACUCAAUUACGAGCAAAGACAACUGUUGGAUGUCAUGGUAUCUUCAGGAGAUUUAGUCCUUCAACUUAUAAAUGACAUCCUUGAUCUUUCCAAGGUUGAGUCAGGUGUGAUGAAGUUGGAAGCUGCCAAAUUCCGACCAAGAGAAGUUGUAAAGCAUGUUCUCCAGACAGCUGCGGCAUCAUUGCAGAAACUUCUGACCUUGGAAGGACAUGUAGCAGAUGAUGUUCCUAUUGAGGUUGUUGGAGAUGUUCUAAGGAUUCGGCAAAUUCUCACCAACUUGAUCAGCAACGCAAUUAAGUUUACCCAUGAAGGGAAGGUAGGGAUAAAACUUUAUGUAGUUCCAGAGCCACCUUUUGCGAAGGAAGCAUCUCAGCAUAGCUCCGCUGCAGAUCAAUCAACUACUGAUGUGCCCACAGAAGAGAAGUGUGCAUCAAAAUCUCAAACAAAUAGUGAUCAGAAUGGUGUUCACGAUAAAAAACGAGGUGGCUCUUGUCAUCGUCAUCAACUUGAUGAACCUAGGUCCCCGGUUAAGAUUGGAACUCUAGAUGGUGAUGAGGAGCAAACAGAGCUACCUGAAACAACCGUGUGGAUUGGCUGUGAUGUUUAUGACACCGGGAUUGGGAUUCCAGAAAAUGCUUUACCUACGCUAUUUAAAAGAUACAUGCAAGUCAGUGCCGAUCAUGCCCGAAAAUAUGGGGGGACAGGACUGGGCCUCGCAAUAUGCAAACAUCUGGUUGAGCUGAUGGGUGGUCGUCUCACCGUGUCUAGUCGAGUACAUUGUGGUUCUACAUUUACCUUUAUAUUACCUUACAAAAAUUCACUACCUGGUGAUAAUUCUGAUGACCCGGAUGAGCUGUCAGAUGUGGCUGAUCAUGAUGCCGCAAUUGAUGAUUCAACUGCUGGCUUUUUUCAAUUCCAUCCACGCACCUUGGGUUCAGUGUUCUCUUCUAAUGGUUCAAGCAGAAUACAAAAAUUAAUGCCACAUAAUAUUGGCUAUGCAAAUCCUCCUAAACUUAAUGGCUUCUCAGAGGAUUCUUAUUCAUUUCCAUCAAACAAUGUUAGACCAAAGGAGGUGCCUUGUCUUGAGGAUGCCUGUUCUGUUGUUGAAGCUGCAGAGACAUUUUCAGAGCCUGGAAGUUUGUCCAGUCACAGCCCCGAUCCUGAUGAUGAAAAUGUCACUCAGAAGCAAGCAAAGAGUUUGGUGUAACUUCAGAGAUUGAAUCUCAGAUAUUAACCCAAAAGCAGGGGAAACCUGACAGUACAGUUACUCGGUCCACAUCAAAUGGCAGU